CCCGACCAUCUAUUGCCGUGUCACCAUUGCCUCGCUCGCUGGAAUGGAUAUAAACAAGCUGAACUCGCACGUCCCUGCUUUGUCGCACUACAAUGACGCCUGUGAUCGCCAACUCGAAGAAAAAGAGCCACAAGCAGAGUAAGGGUCGAGCAAGCGACAGCGCUAACGCUGAGGACGAUUGGCGGCCCGAGCAAGGCAAGGACAGCGGUGGCGGAACGGACGACGACGAGGCUUCCCAAGACGAAUGGGAAGACGAUGAAGAGUAUGGUUCCUCGUCGAGCAAGAAGAGAAAGAAGAGCGUCAAGGCAGAGAGCAAGCCCAAGGUCAAGGGCGCCAAGUCAGGCGGGUCGAAGGCGGCGCCGUCCUACUGGAGCCAAGGUAAGUCAUCGCUGCGAAACGCCUCUGGACUGCUCACACUCUGCUCCAUUGUGCUCAAAACGACCCCCAUCCGCGACCACAGACGAGCUGCUCAACAUGUAUGGCGUGAUGCACCGCAUGCUCUUGAGUAGCGUCUCCACCAUUCGCCAAGAGGCAGGCCUUCAGCACCGAACAGCCGGGCAUGUCAUGAUGAAACUUCGGAGCGAAUUCAAGAAGACGGAGAGGGCUCUCGGCGGGGACGGCAAGUGGAUUGAUGACUUCAGGCUUGGGCGUAGCAGGAAGGGAUGGUGACUAUUGGAGC